ACUAUUCACUUGAACGCACGCCGACGUGAGCCCGAUGCCGCUUAAACGUGCAUUCGCCAGUUUUGCUGCAUCGCUCCAAAGUUGGUCCAUUGGUAAGACCAGAAGUGAUCAGUGGCGGUGUUGUUUUUAAAGCUGUUGUGAGAUCGGAAUGCAUGGAAGCAGCAAAGUUGCUCCUCCGCGUCCUAACUGUAGCCUUCUGUUUUGCAGUAAAUCUUCUGUAUGAAAAAGUGAAUCCCACCCGAGGAUACCACUGGUCAGACGCGGAGACGAGAGCACUGUUGACUAUUUGGGGAGAACACGACGUGCAAACGGCGCUGGACGGAAACUUCCGAAACAGUCACGUUUACCGCGACGUGGCUGGUCGUUUGGGGGACAUGGGCUACGAUCGGACCCCGGAUCAGUGCCGGGUGCGGGUUAAGAGCCUGAAGAGACAGUAUUUCCAGGCGAAAAAGGCCUCGAAGAAAAACGGUCACUAUGCCAAGAUCUUCAGGUUCUACAAAGACAUGGAGAGGAUCCUGAGCAGCAGGUCGGUAGCAGGGUUCGAUGCCCAUGACAUGGAUGGCAUGGGUGCUGAAGGAGAUGAGACCAUGGACGGCACUGAAGAAGAUGGAGAGAGUGUGGACCAACCGCACGAGUCGGACAUGGACGGUGCAGGAGAAUGCUCAAACAUGGAGUACCCUGUGAAGAUCGAGUAUCCACCUUACCCCAUUCCAGUGACUGUGGGCAGCUGCAGCAAUGUACCAGACAUUCCAGCAAAGCAGACUGAAGAACAACCCACCGCCAAUCCGUCCUCCGCAGGAAGCAGGCGGCACAAAAAGCGUUUUGCAAACCUGUCACUGGAGAAACUUAUGGAGAAGUUUCUGGAACAGAGUUUGGAGGCAGAAGAGAACUUCUACAGGCUUGAGGAGCAGCGGCUCCAAGCCGAGGACCUCCGUAGGGAGACGGAACACACGAGAGAGAUGCACAUGUUGCAGAUGCUGGGCCAGAUGUUUGCUGGUCUCGCCACACCCACGGUCACAUCAUCAUCACCUGCUCCUCAGUCCACUUGUAACUCAAAGACUGGUCCCUCUGUAACUCGUGCACGUCCAUUUGGUGGCAGCCGUAGCCACCAAACCUGCCCGGUUGAUUAUGCCAGCCCCAGUCCGCCACAUGCUCCAGUUAUUGAGCGGACAUUUUCCCUGGGAGGAGUCGCACACAGAAGCAUGGACGUCCUGCCAUUGGUUAAAAAUACCAUUCCUCCGCUGACAUCGAAAAAACAUAAGGGUCAAGACGGUCGCAUAGGAGUCAUUGGAGGAUGCCAAGAGUACACUGGAGCACCUUACUUUGCUGCCAUUUCUGCACUGAAAAUAGGUGCGGAUCUAUCCCACGUGUUCUGCACCAAAGAUGCUGCUACUGUGAUUAAAUCUUACAGCCCUGAACUCAUAGUUCAUCCUGUGCUAGACCAUCCCAAUGCUGUGCAGGAAAUAGAAAAAUGGCUGCCAAGGCUCCAUAGUUUGGUGGUGGGUCCAGGCUUGGGCAGAGAGGACAAACUUCUUAAUAAUGCAAAAGAGGUUAUUGAAAAGUCAAAAUCAAGAGGAAUUCCAAUAGUUAUCGAUGCAGACGGACUUUGGUUAGUUUCCAAAGAACCGUCAGUCAUUCAAGGUUAUCAGAGAGGAAUCUUAACACCCAACUUCAUGGAGUUCAGUCGUCUCUAUGAGGCAAUGCACCAUCAGCCGCUGGACAGCAGUGACCUCAGGGUUACUGCCCAGCAGCUGAGUAUCGCACUGGGUAACGUGACUCUGGUUUUGAAAGGAGAAGAGGACAUCAUCACUGACGGCAACCAGGUGAUAACAUGCAGUCAUGAGGGAAGUGGGCGUCGCUGUGGAGGACAGGGAGAUCUACUGUCUGGCUCUCUAGGCGUCUUUUCCCAUUGGGCUUUCAGUUCAUCAUUAAAUGCAACUGAAGGUAUAAAUCCUACACUGGUGGCUGCUUUCGGUGCUGCCUCACUGACCAGGCAGUGUAACAGUCAAGCCUUUCACAAGUAUGGACGUGCCACCACCACCUCUGACAUGAUCCAGGAGAUCUGUGCUGCCUUCAAGAAGCUGUUUGAAACCUGAACUACUUCUUCGUCUGUACUCUGAGCCGUCAGCUUCGUUCCAGCCCUGUGCAACUACAUCUGAUUUCUCUCCCUUUAAAAGAAGGGAUGCCCAGUUAAAGACAUCCACACUGUUUGUUCCUGUGGAUUAUUUUGCAUACCCCCUUUUUUUUUUUUUAAACAUAUAAAGUGUCCACCACUGUCCACAUCUGCCUGCUUUACAUCUUCCAUCACAGGCUUUUUCAAAGCGAAACAACACCUGAAACAGAACUAGUAGAGUCUAGUUUGAGUACACAGCUUCAUGAUGUGCUGCUUAAAAAAAACCCCAAACUUUUCAGACAGUCCAUAGGUUCACUUGAGCCACAGGCAAUACGAUCAGUACUUCAGUGAACAGGUGAUGCAGUGAGAUUUACUCCAAACGUGUCGAGUUAAUCAGCCCCAUUUACUGCAAAUAUACAGUAGUUGUUAUUGCAAGAUUGAAAGUUGAUGAUGCACGUAAUAGUGAAUGACUCGGUGAGCUAUCCUAAAUUAAACAUAAUUAUACCAUGACACUGUUGAAUUCUCAGUCUGAUUUCCCAGAAGGUGUUGAUUCAUUUUCUAUAACCACAGCUCUUAGUCAUUCAAAUUGCACAUUUAUAUUAAUGCACUUCAUCAUCAAAUGUGUUUUUUUCUGUAGUAGCUUGCACAGGAUCUUGUGUUGGAUGCACCACACGAAUGGAUUUUAAAAAGGUGUGUAAUUGUUGAUAUGGUGAAGUUUGCUGUGAGGAAAUGUUUAGCAUUUUUUGGAAGGAGUCUCCAGUAUCAGUGCUGUGUAACAGUCAGAGGUAAGGCUGUUGUCAUCGGAUGUGGCAGCUUCUCUAAAACAUGACAAACUGCAUAUUUUUGUCAUCUUGGUUUCAUUAGAGAGAAAAAAAAAAUACUGGUGAGCGGACAACUGUUUAUAGAGCUUGUAAGUGAUAAUAGGGAACUAACUUUUUUUUUUCCCCCACAGAAGUUCCACAACAAUAAAUGCCUGUAAACAUAAAAA